UCAGCUUUAGAGGCACUGGCCUUCUGUUUGGGCUUCCUGCCACAACAGAACAGCACUAUGGCCAUGGCCUUCCUCUCCCAGCUGAAUCUUCAGGAAAUCCUCCAGACCCUCUCUGUUUUGCAGUGGGUGCCAGUCUACAUCUUUUUAGGAGCUAUUCCUAUUAUCCUUAUACCCUACUUUCUGGUGUUCACUAAGUUCUGGAUGGUGUCUGUGCUCGCCUUAGCCUGGCUCGCCUAUGACUGGAACACCCACAGUCAAGGUGGUAGACGUUCAGCUUGGGUACGAAACUGGACAAUCUGGAAAUAUUUCCGAAAUUACUUCCCAGUAAUGCUGGUGAAGACUCAUGACCUCUCUCCCAGACAAAACUAUAUCAUUGCCAGCCACCCCCAUGGCAUACUCCCUUAUGGUAUCUUCAUCAACUUUGCCACUGAGACCACUGGCUUUGCUCGGAUUUUCCCAGCCAUCACUCCUUAUAUAGCGACCUUGGAAGGGAUCUUCUGGAUCCCAAUUGUGCGAGAAUAUGUGAUGUCAAUGGGUGUGUGCCCAGUGAGUGAGUUGGCCUUGAAGUAUUUGCUGACCCAGAAAGGCUCAGGCAAUGCUGUGGUUAUUGUGGUGGGUGGAGCUGCUGAAGCCCUCUUGUGCCACCCAGGAGCCUCUACUGUCUUCCUUAAACAGCGUAAAGGUUUUGUGAAGGUGGCACUAAAGACAGGAGCAUACCUUGUCCCUUCCUAUUCCUUUGGACAGAAUGAAGUUCACAAUCAAGAGACCUUCCCUGAGGGCACGUGGAAAAGGUUCUUCCAAAAAACCUUGCAGAACACAUUCAAAAAAAUCCUGGGACUAAAUUUCUGUACCUUCCAUGGCCGGGGCCUCAUUCGAGGAUCCUGGGGAUUCCUGCCUUUCAAUCAUCCCAUUACCACAGUUGUUGGGGAGCCCCUGCCAAUUCCCAGGAUAAAGAAGCCAAACAAGGAGACAGUGGACAAGUACCAUGCACUCUACAUCAAUGCCCUUCGGAAGCUGUUUGAUGAGCACAAAGUUCAGUAUGGUCUGUCUGAGACCCAGGAGCUGACAAUCGUCUAACAGGAGUUGGAUUUCCCCAUUAUUGAACUCCCAAAGCAUUGAGGGAUCCAAGAAGGGCCACAAGGAAAGGAGAAUCUGGGAAGAGGGGAGGAUCUUGGGGUUGAAUGAUGAGGCCAGCCAAGCCAGAAAGUACUUAAUGAGUCAGUCUGAGGAAGGAACCAGAGUUAUGGGGAAGACUGGGCAACAACCCAGUUUAGCAAGCAGUCUCUUGUGAGUACACAGAGUCUUGUAAGGCUCUGUGUGCCAGUUAUUUUGGCUUCCUAAUUCCAACCAACUCUGAUCAGAGGAAUAAGAAGCCAAAGAAUACCAUGUUCUUCCUCCUCAGCCUUAAUAACACCACACCAUCACUGUUUAGGUUGAGGCUUAGAA